CACUUGCUGCCUUUUCUGCCUAUUCAUUACGCAUUAGUCUCUGAUAAAUGUGGUCGAGAAUCCUACGAGGCGACAAGUACAAAUCGAAUAUCGUGGCGCGAGUUUCAGAUAAACCGCUAGGCGAACGGAUGCGUGAAGAGAGUGAGACCGCAAGCAAGGUAAAAUGAGAUAAGCUACAUUGAUGUCGUGCGAUCUUGCUCACUUGCUAUUUCCUCUCUUUGCCUUUGACUAUGAGGACAGCACUGUUCGGCUGUGAAUCGUCAGCCAAUCAGAGCAAAAUAGUUUUUCGUCCUUCCCUACGAACAAGAACUUGGCUGCCCCCGGUUAGGGUUCUUGUUAGUAGGGAUCACACACUGUACAGGAUUAUAUCAACCAUGUAUCACUGCAUUCUGCUACAUAUGUAAUAUGUACAUAUGUGCAUUAGUAGGAACAAGUAGUUUCCCAAGAAAGAAAAUAAUGGGAGACAGCCUUCGUCGACAAGUACUAGAAACAUUUAAAAAACUACAUCGUACCCGCAUGAAAACUUUCCAAGGGGAUGAACAUGCCUUGUCAGAUCUAAGGAACAAGAUAAAUGAGGAAUAUAGGAAAAAUAAGAAUGUUACAAACACAGCAGCUAUUGAAGAGUUGAACAAAUUGGCCCAACAAGUGGAACAUGAAGUGCGGACAAAUAUAAUACAGGCAGUUGAAAAAAAGCCAGGUGUAUUUGCACUUCGAAUCACACCAGACACUGAAAUGUUGGACAAUAUACCUUACAAGGACUCUGAUGAACAGCCUUCUAGUGGUAAUUGUAAUUUAAAAAAAGAUACAGAGGAUAAAACGAAAUAAUAGUUAAAUAUUAUUUAAUGAUUAAUUGUUAUAAGCUGUGAAAGAUUAUUUUGUUUCAUGCAUCUUAGAAAUUAAAAAUUAACGUGAGCCUCGUUCUUAACUUUUUAUUAAGUAAUUUAUAGUACAUUUAUAUUCGUAAAGACUGUUGUACUGUUACAAGAAUUAAUAAUAAUUUAUUACGAAUUUA